UGUUUAGCAGUGUACAGAAACCGUAAUCUUCGAUCAACCACCAAUGUGUACAUCAUUGCUCUGGCUGUCAGCGAUCUAUUGGUCGCAAUGAUUGAAAUGCCUUUGGCAUCAGCUACACUAAUCAUUGGAAGAUUUGAUUUCGGCUUCGCCUUAUGCCAGCUUCAAGGAUUCAUUGGCCCGUUCGCUACUUACGUGACCCCGGCAACCAUGGGUUUAACAGCAUUCAACCGCUAUAUGCGAAUUGUUAAAGGUAACAGUUACAACAAGAUAUUUUCUCCUUGCCGAUCUAAGAUCUGGGUGUGUUGCCUGUGGAUAUCUCUGGCCCUUUACCUGUUAAUUGGGCGACUCACCGGUUGGCUAAACAUUGGAUUUAUCCCUGGCUACGCAGUGUGUGCCUUUACAUACCCAACUGCUGCAAGUCAAAUCGUUCAGUACACCAUCAUGGUCGGAGUGCUUUUUUUUAUACCGUUGUGUAUCGGUACAUUCAGCUAUUACAAGAUCUUUUUCAAAACCAGUCAGCAUCAACAGAUUGUGGUUCCAUCGCUGCAGAACUCGACCAAUAGUAACAACAGCACUGCAAGGAGAAGCACGGUGAAAGAAAUAAACAUUAGUCGAGUGCUGCUCUACGUAGGCGCCGGGUUUUUGUGUUGCUGGAUUCCAUUGUGGGCACUUGCACUUUGGAAGCGCUUCUCACCAGAAACAUGUCCGCGAAUUGCGGAAUUGCUUGUUACCUUUUUCCGCUUUCUGAGUUCGACGAUAAAUCCCUUUAUUUACACUUUCAACAAUAACGAUUUCCGAAAGGAAUUCCGCAAACUGCUGUGUUGCCCCACAGUUACAGUUACCUCAGAAGGAAAGACCAUUUAG